CUGUAGUACAAGAGCUGCAGAGAACAAAACACCUGCUGAUUUCAGCUCAAAGUCUCCACACUGAUAUCAACAUGUCAGGAACAAUAAAGAACGUGGCUAUAUUCGGUUCUACAGGAAUGACCGGCCUUGUCACUUUACCCAUAGCAGCGUCUGCAGGUUAUAAUGUGACGGUGCUGGUAAGGGAUCCCUCCAGACUUCCUGCUGAUCAUAAAGCCUCCAGAGUGGUGGUAGGGGACGUCCUGAAUAAAGAGGACGUAAAGAAGACUUUAGAGGGACAGGAUGGUGUCAUCAUCAUCCUGGGAACUAGAACCGACCUCAGUCCAACCACCAUGAUGUCAGAGGGCACAAGGAACAUCCUGGAGGCCAUGAAGGCUCGCGGCAUUAGGAAAGUGAUUGGCUGCAUGUCAGCGUUCCUGCUGUGGGACCGAUCUAAGGUUCCUGCUCGAUUGGUUCCUGUUACUGAGGACCAUGAUCGCAUGUACAUGCUGCUGAAGGAUUCUGGACUUGAUUAUGUAGCAGUGAUGCCACCUCAUAUCGCUGAUAAUCAUCCACUGACGGAAAAGUACACUGUGACGGAGAACAUGCUAAAAGAUCGAGUCAUCUCCAAAUAUGAUCUCGGCCAUUUCUUCGUUAAGUGUCUGUCCACCUCCGAGUGGGACGGCAAGACGGUGGGAGUGUGUGGAGACUACAGCUAAUUAGCCCAGACUCACCUUACUGAUCAUCAUGUCUGUUACUCAUUACUAAUGAGCAUCAUUCAUUAUUCCUAACGUGCCAGAGAUUCUAAAAUCAUCAAAAUCUUAUCACAAAUAAUCAUCCUUCAGAUUUAAACAUGUAUUUUCAAUAAAUAUAUUUUUUAAAACUUGUC